GCUCGCCCGGGCUGAAAUUUUCACCAUCUUUUUAAGUUUUUGUCUUUUUGACUUAAAUUAAAGUUUAAAACUUAAAUUAAAAAUCAAUUAAACUAAUUAACUAAGUAAAAACUAAAAACUAAAAACCCUAAGAAUCUAAGAUCAUCAGGAGCUCGGGACAGUGGAAACAAAUUGCAAAACCCAGAUAGGAGGAACCAACAGAACUGCAAAAAGGUCUUCCGUCAAUCUUUUCUUCGCCGAUCGUCCGUUGAUCUUCUCUUCGCCGAUCGUCCGUUGAUUUCUCUUCCACUGAUCGUCCGUCGAUCUUCUCCUCUAUCACUGCACUUCUUCUCUUCCGAUAGAAAAGCAACGGACAGAAGCAUAACGAAGCUACCACCUUCAAUCAAGAGAAACUGCGCAACAGCAACUCCACAGUGGACGAUGAUCUCGGGCUAGUGGCAUGCCAAACUGCAAGCAGCUUGGAAAAGAGAGCAGCAGGGCCAUGCAUGUGGCGGUGGUCACUACAGAGCUUGAGGAAGACGAAGAUGAAGACGCAACAAAAGAGACCGAUUGUGGAGAUGUUGAGAAGGUACUGGAUGUUGCCAUACUAGGCACCGUCCAUUCCGGCGUCGUCUUCAGAGGCGGGGGAAGGAGGAGAGGGAGUUUGGUUCAUUGGGGGGGAUUUGGAGAUUAGGGUUUGGGUGAUUGGGUUUUGGGAUUUUGGGAUUUUGAUUCAUGAAGGAGAAAGAUCGAUGCCCGCUAAAAGCCUAAAGAGUUGGAUUGGGAAUGACGAAUUAUUUUUUAUAUUUAGUACUUAUUUUGUAGUAAAUUUAGUUUAAGAUU